AUGAUGGCAAAUAUUUUCUUUAAUGCUGGCUGGGGAUUAAUAUCCAGUAAUCAACCUACAAGUGGAAGUAAAUUUUUUUAUUAUUCUAACUGGGAUUUGGCUCAAAUUGGAAUGGCAAUUGCUGUUGGGGUAUUGACUGAUAAUAGAACUAUGUUUAAUGAAGCUAUUAAAGUCUACAAAAGUGAUUGGUAUUGGGGUGCAAGUUCUCAAUUUAUUUAUUAUCUCCAUCCUGGGUAUUUUGGACAAACACAGGAAGCGGGACGAGAUCAAGGACAUAAUACAUUAAGUAUUGGGUUGGGUGGUAUUCUUUGUGAAAUGGCUUGGAAUCAGCAUGUUGAUUUGUAUGGAUGGGAUAAUAAUCGGUUUUUGGCUGGGGCUGAAUAUACAGCUAAAGUCAAUUACAACUUUAAUGGAUCUGGUUUUGCCGAUGUUCCUUAUAUUACUUAUGCUAAUUAUUACGGAAAUGAUGUUGUACAAACAAUGCUAGGGGGAGGAAAAGGCAACAAUCGUCCAAUAUGGUCACUUAUUUAUAAUCAUUAUGAAAAUAGAAUGGGUAUUUCUGCACCUUGGUCAAAGAAAUAUGCUAUAGCAAUGCGUCCAGAAAUUGGCUCAGGCAAUAUUAAUGGGGGUAAUGGAGGUUCUUAUGAUUUCCUCGGAUUUGGAACACUUCUCUACCAACAAGAUGCAAUUUCUGAAUCUUGCUAUCCAGAAGGGCUAACAGCGAGAGUGAAUGGGACAAAAGUAGAAUUGAAUUGGUGGGGCCCUGUAUAUGGAAUAAAUUAUUCUGUAGAUUCAACGUUCUACAACAAUUAAUGGAAAAUUUAAGACUAUAAAGAAAAAAAUUGGAACACAAAUAUUAACAUAUACAGAUUCCCCAGGAAAGGGCACAUUUUAUUACAGAGUUUUAACAAAUGGAUCAACAUGUGCAGCUUCAAAUAUUGCAAAAGCAUUUAUUGGUACAAAACUAUAUUUUAGUCUUUCAUUUAAAAAUGCAUCUAAUGGAUCUUUACCAAUUGAUUUGAGUGAAAACAAAUU